AGCAGGAUUACCCAUAGCAAUAGCCAGCUGCCGGGACAAGACUCUCUCAACAUCAACAUCCACAUCCACAUCCACAUCAGCUUUAGAGGUAAGCAGCAGCAGCUCCUCCUCCACUUCUGUCCCGGAGCUUCGCCAGUCUGGGACGAGACAGAUCAGACCAGACCAGACCACUCCAUCUCCCGCAAGGGUAGCAGGCAAGGAGGGCAGGGCAGGCAACCAAGCACACCACCACCACUGGGCCCCAAGGUUGUCCGUCUAUUGCUCAACCCUUUCCUAAGGUGCUACAACCAUAUACGGUUGGUUACAUACGAUAUCCGGCCCUUCUCGACGCCAGCCCACACAAACCCGCUCGACCGAGCAUCUCCAACCGUCGCUAUCGCUCCUUCAAAUAGAACUACCGCCAAACUGUCGUCUCCAAUCCUCCUCCCUCGCACCGUCUCCUACGACGCGAGCUCCAACCCUCCCCGCCCCGGCGCUCCAUAUCUAGCAAUGAGCGAGCAAAAGACCGGGAGGCGGCGGCGGUCGAGUAGUUUGUUAUAUCAAGAGCCGCCGGAAACAAUAGAGCAUAUGAGUGAUCAGGCCGCACUGCCAAAUCUGAAUGCAGACUGGGUGAACGCAAAAGGUGCCUGGACGAUACAUUUGGUGUUGAUCGCCUGCCUCAAAAUACUUUUUGACAUCAUCCCUGGCGUUUCACAGGAAACGUCAUGGACGUUGACGAACAUCUCUUAUAUGUUCGGCUCAUUUCUAAUGUUUCAUUGGGUACGCGGUGUGCCUUUCGAGUUUAACGCUGGCGCAUACGAUAAUUUGAAUAUGUGGGAACAAAUCGAUAAUGGAGCUCAGUACACUCCGGCGAAGAAAUUUCUUCUCAGCGUACCAAUUGUUCUGUUUCUGUUGAGCACACACUACACGCACUACGACCUAACGUACUUCACCAUAAAUUUUCUGGCCGUCCUGGGAGUUGUGAUACCCAAGCUACCCUACGUUUGUCUCUCAGCCACCGCACUCGAGUCGGUUUUCUUUCUGGCGGUCCAGAAGAUAGAUAGCGUAUGCAUGAACUGUUGCAUG